UGUUCACUCAGCUGAAAAUUGAAGAUGAGUUCUCUCUACAGGUAAAUUAGUAGAGCUGGUGUAAUUCAAUGGAAUAAGGACCCAUCAGGACUCAUUGCAUCCCUGGUGGCACUGCUCACGUGCAUCACGAGAUCUUCCACACUUGGCAUCGCGGAGAAGGCAACCAGUUCAUUGAAAGCCGCAUCAAGAAGUUUACUCAGAAACACCCCUUCUCAUCCAGGAAAAUCUGAUUUAAAUAUAGCCAAGCGAAAGUCUUCAUGCGAGUCAAGGCAUUCGAUAAAUAUCAGGUCCUCGUUUGAGGUAUGCCAUCCCUACGACUAAUCGAGCCUCCGUUUAGUCGAAAUUAUCAUGUCUUCUAGGUCAUCUCCCGUUUACGCCAGCGCCGCCUCUCCUACUUAUGAGUCAUAUACCCCUUCCGGUUCCUCUUCGUCCUCUUCCGAGAACAUCAUCUACGGUGGCUCGUACGCACAACCGCGUAAGGCAUGGGUAGACCCCAAAAGCUUGGCCAACUGUGGGGAUGCAUCGCAAAUACAGGGCAACGUAUCCACCUACGUCAAGCAACUCAUUCUCAAUACAUUUAUUGCGUACGGGGCUGGUGACGAGCACUGUUUUGGUCACUCUGUUGCCAAAGCAGUCAAUUUCAUUGACAUCAGCGCCCAUGAAAGUCACGAAAAGCAAGGUCGUAUGGAGGCAACGACUGUGGCAGAAAUUGUCGUCUCAAAGAGCAUGUUGAAUGGCGCGGGGAUGCUCCAUGGAGGUUGUGUGGCGUUUCUGAUUGACAACACUCCAUUGGUCGCUUUGGGACUCAUACAAAACAUCAAUGGAGUUGGAGUCACUCAGUCGAUGAACAUCAUGUUCCACUCCCCUGCACCAGCUGGAUCGUGUUUGCGUAUCAUCAGUACCUCAGUCGCUAUGGGCGCGCGAAUUAUGAGCGCUCGAUGUGAGAUCAUCAACAACAAAACAGGCAGUGUAGUUGCCUCAGCAUACCUCAACAAAAUGCAACCCACUAUUUCAAAGCUUUGAUAGUUUUAUCUUUUCUCCGUUGUAGAUUUCUGGCAGGCACUGUAUCAAAAGCAAUCUCUCCCAUGUACCACAUCAUAGUCAAUAGGACUUGUAUGAUCACAGAUACUGUAU